UCCUCCUUCUCCUCCUCCUUCUCCUCCUCCUUCUCCUCCGGAGCCGCUGCAACUUCCCCUCAGCCAGCCUCCUCCUCUGCUUGGGGACUGCAAAGGCAUGGGAUAGACCCAGAGCCACUUCUCUCUAUCUCCCCUCCAGCCCUUGCUCAAUGUUCCCCCUUUAAAUUAAAGUCUGUUCUUCGCUCCUCGUCGUUUUAGAGGUCGAUUUGUCAGUCGAUUUCCCCUGAUUUUAUUUUCCUUGCCUGGGGCAAGGGGUUUGAAGGGACCAGUGGCUUUAUUUUUGGGGAGGGGGCUCCACACCCCCGAAUUUCUCCCGUUCCGUCUGUGACUUGACUUCCCUGGUCCUCUCUACUCCCAACCCUCGAACUCACCGUCCUGCACUCCAGUGACGCACCGACACCCCCCGCCCACAGUUCAGACGUCCCCUCCCUCGCUGCCACCGCGACCCGUCUCGGAGCUGGACCCAGUGCGGACUUCUCAGAAGGAUAUAUGUUGGGUAAAGGAGGAAAACGGAAGUUUGAUGAGCAUGAAGAUGGGCUGGAAGGCAAAAUUGUGUCUCCCUCUGACGGGCCAUCCAAGGUGUCUUACACCUUACAGCGCCAGACUAUCUUCAACAUUUCCCUUAUGAAACUCUAUAAUCACAGGCCCCUCACUGAGCCCAGCUUGCAAAAGACCGUGUUAAUCAACAACAUGUUGAGGCGGAUCCAGGAGGAGCUCAAACAGGAAGGCAGCCUGAGGCCUGUGUUCGCCCCCUCCUCCCAGCCGACCGAUGCGCUGAGUGACAGCUACCGCGAGGCUCCCCCGGCCCUCAGCCACCCCGCGGGCCCGGCCACGCACCCCUGUGACCUCGGAAGCACUACGCCCCUGGAGGCCUGCCUCACCCCGGCCUCCCUGCUCGAGGAGGACGAUGACACUUUUUGCACUUCCCAGGCCCUGCCUGUGUGUCCUACCAAACUCUCACCUCCAGCCCUCCCGCCGGAGAAGGACAGCUUCUCCUCCGCCUUGGACGAGAUUGAGGAGCUCUGUCCCACAUCUACCUCCACAGAGGCCGCCGCGGCGACUGACAGCGCGAAAGGGGACGCCGCCGCCCAGUCCAGCCUCCAGAAACACGACGGGCUCCCCGAGGGCCGAGCCGACGAUUCCAGACUGAUGGAUUCGCUGCCUGGGAAUUUUGAGAUCACGACGUCCACGGGGUUUCUGACAGACUUGACCUUGGACGACAUCCUCUUUGCAGACAUCGACACGUCCAUGUACGAUUUUGACCCCUGCACAUCCUCGUCGGGCACGGCCUCAAAAAUGGCCCCUGUGUCCGCCGACGACCUCCUCAAGACUCUCGCCCCUUACAGCAGUCAGCCCGUUGCUCCGAGUCAGCCUUUCAAAAUGGACCUCACGGAGCUGGACCACAUCAUGGAGGUGCUGGUCGGGUCUUAAGGCCUGGUGGCGGCCCACCAGCCCCGUGAGUGUCGCUGCGCCCUGACAGCUCUGGCACUGUGCAUGCACCCUCGCUUGCCUUUUUCAGAGAAGAAGAGAACAUUUUACAAAAGGAUCACACUAGUUUUUGCUUUGAGCAGAGUUGGAGUGCCUUCAUCCAAGUAUGACCACUUUUAAUAUGCUUUUUUUGAGUGGUUCCUCAGAGACCUACUACCUUGGAAUAGGAAAGAAGACAUUGGAAGACAAUGUUGCUAUGCUGAAUGGCAAAACAAACAGUUCAAGUGAAGCACAAGGAAUAAGUUGGAAAAGCUGUAAAUUGCAUGUGCAUAUUUGUCUAUUUUUUCUAUAAGUUUUAUUGCAAGAGGUAAAAAGAAGAAAAAAUAUAUAUAUUAUUUAGAUAAUCUCAGUACCUUUUCUGGCAUUUUUGCCCUGUAUAGGUUGACUUGGCAAUUCAGCCUUUUUAGAGGCAUUAACUAUUCCUCCUAAGUGUUGCAUUUACAUGGCUGUUUAGAAACUGCUGCCCAAAUUUAUUUUAUAUUUUUGUACAGAUUCUGCAGUUUAUGAUAUUGUUUUUCUAAAAACAAAUGCUGUUUAUACAUAUGAGAUAGCUAUUUUGAUAGGAUUUGCUCACAUAGUUCCUGCAAACUUCAGAUGUACAAGUUGCACUUGUACUUUUAUAGAGUUGUAAUGUUUUAUAUGUUUGGUGCAAAGAGAAAAAUUUGAUCAAAUCAAUUCGCAAUUGAUGUUCCCCAAAUGCAGACAUGCGGACAUUCUCUCUCUCUCUCUCUCUCUCUCUCUCUCUCUCUCUCUCAGUGCUUUAAGAAAGGGCCAGGCAAUAUCACACCCAAAUUUCACAGGCACCAACCCCUUGGCAUGGACACCCACCAGCACUGUGACUUCCAAAGCCAGAGCCACGUCAACUCAUCAAACUUGCAUUAAGCAGUUGGCAGGAGGUGGCCAUCGAGCUUGGGGUUUAAGUGGUGGUUGUCUUUCGCUCAGAGUACUCACUGUGUUUAUGCCAGGUUGGCGCUUUUCAUUGUUUUGUUUUUUGACAAAACCCCAGGUCUUUCCUUUUGGGCAUAAUUUUUGUGAUGACCUGACAUUUCACAUCCAAGCGAUUUUAUGAAAAGCAACCAACAUCUUCAUGGAACUAAACCCUAUUGCAUUGCUAGGGCUCGGCUCGUAAAGAAGAAAACCUCCCCCACCAGGCAUCCGUCCUGUUGCUCAAUUGUCUUUCCCUGCUUCCCUUCCCUAGAGCUUUUGUUCCUCUGUUGCUAAGUGCUGCAAAUGGCAUCUUCAGAUCACCACAGUGAGCUCAGCUCACCUCAGCCCAGCCUGGGAUGCUCUCUCAUAACAUCCGUGGCUGGAGUGGGCCCCGCUAAGUCACAGCUUCCGAUCUGGUUGCUUUCUUGAGUCAACUGCUUCAACUAUUCUUUACAAGGCUGUUUUACCCAAAUACACAGACAGGACUUGCUGUGCAUGUUUCCCCUCUUUCAACCCAUCCCCACCCUCAGCCCCAGCCCCAAGACACUUGAGAAAUAGCUUUUUAUUCCUAGUGGUGUACAUUUAAUUUUAAAAUGUUUGCGACGUAUCAUGCUUGUUGCCGAAAUUGUUUAUGGCCUUUUCGUUUCAGUUUUUUUCUUUCUCCCAAUGGUACUUUAGCUGGUUACAACCUGUAUUAUUGAAAUGCAGAUGGCUUCUUUAGGAAUAACUUUUAUAUUUAUUUAAGAAUUUUUAAAUUAUGGGAUUUGUGUUGUUGUUGUUGUUGUCUUUGUUGUCCGUCAUUUGUCAAUAUUCAGUCACCAGUUCUGCUCACUUCUUGCCAUGGAUAAAAUUGAGUCUUUCUGGCCAAUUGAAAAAGACAGCUUUAUAAAAUGGCACUUUAAACAAGCCAUAGAUAGUUUUAUUUUUAUAAUGCACAUGGCAAAGUAAAUAUAUUUGUGAUGAAGGAUCUGCUCGUCUAAGCAAAAGAUUCAUGUAUAAUAUGAUUAAAUCUUCUUGCAUUCUAAUUUACUUUCUCUCCCCGCCCCUGCCCUACCUCCCCCCCCCAACUUGAAUGUGUUUUUAAAGGCUAAUUGUCAACUCUGCAGCGCAGUGAGAAACAGAUCCCAUUGCACUUGUUCUCCUACAAGCAACCUGCACCCGGUAACCUCUCACUGCUAGGAUACGUCGUUUCCUUUGAUAGGACCAGGGACCAGCUAGUUGAGGUGAGGGUUGUUGUCGAUGCUUCCGGUGUCACUGUGCCUGUCCACUUUAAGAGCAUCCUUUCCCUGUAGAGAACAAGUCUGCCCAGACGCCGUGCUUUUGAUAACUGGAGGACCUGGCGAGCGCAGGACAUGCCGCACACGUCCACACGCAUCCACACUCACAAUGGUGUUGAUUAUUCCGAACAAUAACAGGGUAAGGCGCUUGAUUUGCCAUUGUUAAAAACUGAUUUACAGUAACUUAGAACAACGUACUUUGGUUGGAUUAGCUAAUCAUGUGUUUAAACAAAUCCCAUAUGUUGGGCAACAGUUCAAAUAAGCACAGUGAAGUGUUGCCCACACGUGGGUCUCUGACUCUCUCGUGUUUGGAAGGCUGGGCUCCAGAAUCAAAACAAAACCCCCAGCAACAGCAGGCAGAUGCUUUUUUAAACUCUGGACACCCUUACUGUAGAUUCUCCAUAUUCCAGAUCUAGGGAGGAAAACACGAGAAAUGAGUGGCCUGUUUCAAAAAGAACAAACCCAUCAAGUGUUCGAGGUAUCUUUGUGUCUUCACUUUACGAAGCCAUGUCCCGACAGUGAGGGGGGUGGACGUGCAUCGCAGAGCCUUCCCCUUCGUAAAGGACAUUGUGUGGUGUUCAGAGUCGGGCCGGCAGCGUGAGGUGCCUUCCUGAGGAAGCUCUGCUGGUGGGGCUUGGGAGAGGACAAUUAUUGACAGUGGUGUGCAAUGACGUGACAAGAUGAGAGCAGAAUAAUAAGAGCUUUGAAUUUGAAGUGAUUUUUUUUUCAUAAGUUAUUUAUUCCUUUUUUUUCUGUGUAAAUAUAUUUAUUUUACUGUGGAGCUCUAACAACAUCUGGAUCGUAACAUGUGCAGAAUGUAUGGUAGGAAUGUAUUCUCUUGUAGGAAUGUAAAUCUGUAUUAAAAGGGGCUGAGCCAGGCCCCCCCCCCCCCAGGUCUUCUCAUCAUAUGCACAGUCCACAUUCAUUUUUACUCUCUUCUCUAAUAUGGGUCUAUUUGAAAUAUGCAAAAGGUAUGGGUGAGGGAUGUUUCAAUACCUCCAAAUUUUUAAGAAAAUCAAGCAUCAAAGGGUUGAUAUUUUUAACUAUUUUUUAGUAGCACUUUCUCUUGCUGACAGAAGGGGCAAUCACACUGACACCCGCAUUCACACCACAGGGUGAGAACUAGCCACAGCCCCGCACACCCCAGUGUCUUUCUCAACUGAGCGUUUUAUCGCCAUGACCCCUUGGAGUGUCCCAACUGCCCUGCGGUCAAUCGAAGAAAAGUUCUUUAAUAAAUAAGCUCCAAAGAGCCAAAGUAUCAACUUACAGAUCAUUUUUAAAGCUUAAAUUUAUUAGCCACCUUUGUGGUAAACAAUAAAUUAUGAAUACCACAGGGCAGCCUUCUUAAAUGACAGAAGUGAAAAUAAAAUAAACGAGAGACUCUACUUUGUGCAGCAAUUGUUACUCUCUCUAGGAAUUGUCUUAAUUUCAAAACCUUGCUGUUACAAAUUGGACCUUUUGCUGAAAAGAGCAUAUUUAACCUGUUCUGGCUGUGAAUGGUUAACUUCCUAUAACUGCCAGGGGCAGCGAGGUGCGCCCUGCUCGUGAACCAUUGUUUCCAGUGCUUCUAAGAAAGUCUGAAUGGCUCUUGAAAUUUAGCCAAGAUCAAAUGCUAAUGCAGGCAAGGCCAAUACAAAAUUUGGACGUCUUUUGGGGAUAACACGUUUGAAAGAGAAGUGCGAUCCAUUUGAGCAAACAACCAAGAUUUUGGAAAAGCUGUACAUACUGAAAUGUUUGGUGCGUGGUUUUGAGGAGGGCUGUUGUCGAAAAAAAGGAGGUGUAACCUUUCCCCCACAGACCUGAGAGCUGUGCCUUUUCUAUGCAAUAUUACAGACGUUACAUCGGAAACCAGAUGGCUGUACUCACAUGUAGGUUUGGGCUGUAAUCUAAACAAUUGGACAGAUUAAAUGUACAUGGAAAUGAGCAGUCUUACUUUUGUAGUUUUAUAUUAUACAAUAAACAGUUAAA